AUGUCUUGGUGUGCGUGCUUUUUUGCGUUACUUGCGCUCCCACUCCGCUUUUCCGCAGCGGAUGCGAACCAGUGGGGUCACGAUGAGAACGGAGUCGACAAGUACAUCACCAGACCCGAUAUCGUGUCGCCGCGGUGGGAGGUCAAGAUCCAUGAUGAGAAGAACAUCGCGCCAGGGCUCUGGUUUGUGGCACCCUACGAGAGGAUUGGCGAGCGGAAGCCUGGAGGUGCGUGGAUAGGACCACACAUCUACGAUGGCAAUGGAGACCUCAUAUGGAGUGGAUCGUACAUGUGGGAUGAUAGGAACAUCAUGGACUUCAAACUGUCAAAUGUACGGGGCGAGGACCUGUUGACAAUGAUGCUGCCGCCGGACGAGGACGGGAUAUUGUUGGACAACCAUUACCAGAUCGUGGAGAAGGUGCCGGUGGGAAUUAAAGGGAAGACUUUGAACAUGCAUGAGUUUACAUUCGUGGAGGAGGGCAAGACGCUGCUUUUAAUGAAGAGGAAUGUCACACAUGCGACCAAGGACCAAUCGUCUGUGGUGGGCUACGAAGGAGAGUGCGCGGUAAUGUGGGCAGACUUCGAGGACAUCGACACAACAACAUGGGAGACACGCUUCAAGUGGACAUCCGCAGACUGGAUAGGUCUGGAAGAGAGCACACAAAACCUCAACCCCGUGGACUCGCGCUGCGGCGGCGGAGCCUGGGAUUACCUGCACUCCAACGCCCUGGACAAGUUCCCCGACGAGCACUACCUCAUGUCCGCCCGGCACUCCGACACCGUGUACAAGAUCUCCAAAGACGACGGCCACAUCAUCUGGCGCCUGGGCGGCCCCAACAACGACUUCGAAAUGGUGAACGGCGCCAACUUCUCCCGCCAGCACCACGCGCGUGUGCGCUCGCAGAACGACACCCACACCAUCAUUUCCCUCUUCGAUAACUCCAAAGGCGAGGACCGCCAGCCCGCCACCGCCAGCUGGUCGCGCGCCCUCCAACUCGCGCUCCGCACCGACACCGACCCCAUGACCGCAGAGGUGAUAUUGGCCUUCGACCACCCAUACCACGAACACGCCUGGCGCCGGGGCGACUACCAAGUCCUCCCCAACGGCAACGCCUUCAUCUGCUGGUCCGAACACUCGCUCCAAUCCGAGCACACGCCCGACGGCAAAAUGCUCUGGGAAGCCAAGAUGGAACCGAGCUGGAUCGGAACCUAUCGCGCGUUCAAGUACGAGUUCACCGGCUUACCCGUCGACCCACCAGAUCUGUAUUCACAAGCCUACUACCACGACGACGAAAACAACAGCACCACCACUACCGUCCACGUCUCCUGGAACGGCGCCACCGAAGUCCGAAACUGGCACCUCUACCACUCCGACCCUAAAGGCCACAACCGCGUGCGCAUCGCUUCCUCCCCUCGCAAAGGCUUCGAAACAGCCAUCCAAUACUCCGGCUUCGCCGCUUACGUCGUCGCCGAAGGCAUCGACAAAUUCGGCGGCUCGCUGGGGCUGAGUAAAGUCCUCAAGACCAUCCCAUCGGACAAUAUGUCCACGCCCGCCGUCGAAGAGGAACUAGCAUGGCUCGAGUCCCUCGGCAGCCCGAGCAGCGCCGUCGUGGACGAGGCGAAGGAAGUGAUGAUGAACCCCGUCACCACCUUCUUCGCCGGCGUCUUCGCGACCGCAGUCGUCGUGUUCGUCGUUUGGAGGUUCCGGCAACGGAGAGCGGGGGGGUGGCUGCGCGGUAUCCGUGCUGCAGGCAAUCGUGGAGGUGCGCGGGGGGAGGGAGGACGCUACGCCCGCGUUUCCGGAGCGGAUGCGGCGGAUUACGACGAGACGAAGUUGGAUGAUAUGAGCAGUAGCGAUGGGUAUAAGGGGAGUCAGGAGCGGUUUCAGCUGGAAGAUUCGGAUACGGAGGAGGCGGGGGUUAGUGGGAGGACGCCUUAUGUGAGAUGA